UCAAAAUAGAGUCAAUUUUUUGACACACGUCAAAGUUCUUUUAUUAUAAAAAAAAAUAAUCUAGAUCUCCGAUUCCUGUUUUCUUUUGGUCCCUUCAAAUUUUCUCGUAUCUGUCCAACCUUCCUCAAAAUUCUCUCUUUAAUCAACUACUAUUGGUUGCUCUCUAUUCAGUUUUCCACUAAUGGCAACUCUCAACACCAUCAUCACUCACGCCCAUGUCCAUGGCCUCCCUCCACUCACCAACAAAUCCUCCGCAAAAUCCCACAACUCCAAUUUCAAUCUCUCUUCCCAACUCUUUACCAAACCAGAGAGCUUCUCCACCGGCAAAAGAAGAAACUGGGUUGUCGUCGGUGCCGUUACGGAGGACCAAGAGGUGGCUCCGGUGAAGCCUGGACACCGGAAGGACAAAGAGAGAGGCUUUUUGGUUAAUGGGUCCCAACAAUUUGAUGCUUUUUCAACGUUUUUGCCUCUUUUAGGUGAAGGAGAUGAUGAUCAAGAUUUGGAUAGGCUCACCAGUAGAGCUAUAAACGCUGCGAUUGUUCUUGGAUUUGGGACCUUUGCUAUCACCAAGUUGUUCACCAUUGACCACGAUUAUUGGCAUGGAUGGACACUUUACGAAGUCCUAAGAUAUGCACCCGAACACAAUUGGAUUGCCUAUGAACAAGCUCUUAAAGCAAAUCCCGUUUUGGCCAAAAUGAUGAUAAGUGGAGUUGUCUACGCCAUAGGAGAUUGGAUUGCACAAUGUUAUGAAGGAAAGCCGCUUUUUGAAUUCGAAAGAACACGCGUAUUCAGAUCCGGUCUAGUUGGGUUUGCUCUCCAUGGCUCCCUUUCCCACUACUACUACCAAUUUUGUGAGGCUCUUUUCCCUUUCGAGGAUUGGUGGGUGGUGCCUGCCAAAGUUGCCUUUGACCAAACAGUUUGGGCGGCAGUUUGGAACAGUAUCUAUUAUUUUGUCUUGGGGCUCUUGCGUUUUGAAUCCCCAGCCAAUAUUUUAAGCGAGCUGAAGGCAACAUUUUGGCCCUUGUUGACUGCAGGUUGGAAGCUUUGGCCAUUUGCUCAUCUGAUUACCUAUGGUGUUAUCCCUAUUGAACAAAGGCUGCUUUGGGUAGACUGCGUGGAGCUCAUCUGGGUAACCAUACUUUCAACUUACUCAAAUGAGAAGUCUGAGUCACGAAUAUCCGAAGUAUCAUCUGGAUCAAGUUCUGAUUCUUCAUCAAAGCAAAAGCAAUAGAUACAAGGACUAAAUUUUUUUGGUUCACUUAUCAUCUCAGAUGCAAAUUACUACACUGGAAGAGUGGUGACCAUAUCCAUAUAGUAUGUUAAGAGCACAAAUUCUUGUGGAUGGUGGGGCUGCAAAGGAAUGUGUCACUCCUCUUUGUUGAGGUCUGUUAAUGGCUUACCCAAGUUUUCUUCUUGGAGGUGGCAGUUGGGAUGGGCCAGUGGAGAUCUAUUUGUGGUAUAUUGUCUAUGGUGUAUAGAAGUUACGAUGACAAACCGUUUUCUUUCGGUGCAAGAGACGGUUUUGGCAAAUUUGUUAUGUAAAGUCACGUACAGCACAAGAAAAACAUAAUAAUAAAUACAAAAAAUUAUCAAGAGUUCCCUUUCAUGUCUGCGCAUGUCUUUGUUUUUGUUUUUGUUUUUUGUUUUUUGUUUUUUGUUUUUUGUUUUUUGUUUUUUUUUAUAAAUACAUUAGUUUUCAUUGAAAACCUUUCAUGUCUGCUACAUAUUCCCUUGCACCCUUUUGAGGUGCCUAGCUA